AUGGGUAGCGUCGCCAACGGUUCUACUUUCCUCUUCACCUCCGAGUCCGUCGGAGAGGGUCACCCCGAUAAGAUUGCUGACCAGGUCUCCGAUGCCAUCCUCGAUGCCUGCCUUGCUGAGGACCCUCUCUCUAAGGUCGCUUGUGAGACCGCUACCAAGACUGGUAUGGUGAUGGUCUUCGGUGAAAUCACCACCCAAGCCAAGCUUGACUACCAGAAGGUCAUCCGUGGUGCCAUCCAGGACAUCGGCUACGAUGCCUCCGAGAAGGGUUUCGACUACAAGACCUGCAACGUCUUGGUUGCCAUUGAGCAGCAGUCGCCCGAUAUCGCCCAGGGUCUGCACUACGAGGAGGCCCUUGAGAAGCUCGGUGCUGGUGACCAGGGUAUCAUGUUCGGUUAUGCCACCGAUGAGACCCCUGAGCUCCUCCCCCUCACCGUCGUCCUCUCUCACAAGCUCAACAAGGCCAUGACUGAUGCCCGCAAGAACGGCACCAUCCCUUGGCUCCGCCCCGACACCAAGACCCAGGUCACCAUCGAGUACGCCCACGACAACGGUGCUGUCAAGCCCCUCCGCGUGGACACCAUUGUCAUCUCCGCCCAGCACAGUGACGAUGUCACCACUGAGGAGCUCCGCAAGGUCCUGAAGGAGCAGAUCAUCAAGUCGGUCAUCCCUGCCAACCUCCUGGACGACCGCACCGUCUACCACCUCCAGCCCUCCGGCCGCUUCGUCAUCGGCGGUCCCCAGGGUGACGCCGGUCUCACCGGCCGUAAGAUCAUCGUCGACACCUACGGUGGUUGGGGUGCUCACGGUGGUGGUGCUUUCUCCGGUAAGGACUACUCCAAGGUCGACCGCUCGGCUGCCUACGUUGCUCGUUGGAUCGCCAAGUCCCUCAUCAACGCUGGCCUUGCCCGCCGUGCCCUGGUCCAGCUCUCCUACGCCAUUGGUGUUGCUGAGCCCCUGUCCAUCUUCGUUGAGACCUACGGCACCUCCUCCAAGACCUCCGAUGAGCUCGUCCAGAUCAUCCGCAACAACUUCGACCUCCGUCCCGGUGUCAUUGUCAAGGAGCUGGAUCUGGCCAAGCCCAUCUACUUCAAGACCGCCAAGAACGGUCACUUCACCAACCAGGAAUUCUCCUGGGAGAAGCCCAAGGCCCUCAAGUUCUAA